AUGACGGGCGAGGCGGAGUAUGACCACCACCAGCUGCAGGGGCAACCGUACCUUAUCUUGCGACUGAACCGUAAACCGGCCGUUGGUCCAUCUCACUAUGCGGCUUGCAGCGCUGCAGAGGCGUGCAGGGGCCCACAGGCGCGGAGCAGCUGCAGCCGCAGUCGCAGCAGUGACAGCUGCUUCGUGUCGUCGCCGCAGAUGUACGCGGGGCGUCGGGGCGAGGUCGAGGUGCCGAUGCCGAGGCCGAAAAUAGAGUUCUCUGCUGUCCCCUCCACACGGCCAGUCAUGGCUGGCGGUGUCGCGGUGCAGAGUGAUCGGUCGUGGUGCGACACUCAGCGGUCCCACGCAAGCAGCGCAAACACCACGCGGGCUGUCACUUGCCACCUCGAGGGGGGCGCCGCACUCAUCACGGACGGCCCAAGUCUCCUGUUUGCAGGGCGGCGAACGGCACCGGGCGGCACCUGCGCUGCGAUGCAGCAGCACGUGCAACUCUUCCGCGACCCGACGGCGAUGGCUGCCAUGCCGCCUCAAGGCGUCACGUCGCCAGUGGCAUCAGGUGCCGCCCGGUGCAGGCAGGCGCGGCUCCAGAUGCUUAGAGGCAGCGGACCGCUCUGGUGA